UGCUUUUGGUGUUAAAAUGUUUCAGUUUUGUUGUGCUCGGAACGACAACUCCGUAAAGUCAGUGAUGAGCUCCUACAUGGCAUUGGAUAACUGACAUGGGAUCGUCCCCUUCAGUACAGAAAGGUUUGCGUCAAAAGCAAACAAGUAUAAAUAAAUCCAAAGAUCCAGGAGAAAACAGUGAUAAAUUUUUGCACAAUUCCAGUCUUAAUAGAGAUGACAAAGAAGUACAAAAUGUCGAACGUGUUAGUCAGGAGUUAAAAGGAACAGCAUACUUAAAGCUUCUUUCCAACAUGGCGGAAACCGCAGAUCAGAAUGAGGCGUUAGAAUCUCGCAAAAUCUCACAAAAGAACGUGGACUACGAGAAACUACGAGCAAAAGAUAAAGAAAUGACAUCACCGAAGGCAAACUCUGAAAGGGCCCUGGAUGAAGAAUCUGAGCUUUCUGAAAGUAUAAAAAGUGAAAUGCUAUGCGUUGAAGUCAAGCGACCGAAAGAGAAAUGCUUGCAGGUCAUACGGUUGUUGAAGUCGGCCUUUGAGAAAGAGGAUGAAGAUCGCUCUUCUGUUGUCAGGCUGUUGCAUGAAUUAAGCAAAGCUUACAUCGGCAUCGAAACUCUGAGACCAGAUAUUUAUCGGGUGGUUGGCAACAGCAUCAUGGAUUUCCUGAUUGACAACAACGUCGAUGAUUACAUCUAUGAAAUGGCCAUAGAGAUUUUACCGAAGGCAUGCAAACGAAAGAGUAAAUCCAAAGUCUCACAAAUAGACCGCGUUAGCCUGAUUGUUAUUUUUAACUCCCUGAUAAACUUCACUGACGUCAGCGAUAGAAUCUGCUCAAGAGUGUGCGAGAAAACAGAAUUCCUAGAAGUAAUGACAGAGUCAUUGGCUUACCACGCCGUUGUCAUGGGAACCUGGGACACUAAUGAUGGAUCGUUCACAAAUAAUGUCUUAGGAGUGUUAUACAACUGUAGUUGCUGGUACGCCAACCGGCAACAUUUACGAGACGCCGGCCUCAUCUGGAUACUCAAACGAAUUAUUGACCUGGAUGACUUGGAUAUGAAAUUGACAGCUACGUUAGCCCUGGCAGGAAUACUGGAUGAAGAGGAAAGCAAGUUUUUUAAAAGUGAAACCCAAGCAAUGGAGGAAAUGUCGAAGUUAUUGGGACUGGCUAUGCAGGAACCGGAAAGACGUUGCGAGGGAUGGUCAGCUCAGGAAUUAGCCGCCGCAUGCAGUCGACUUGCCGGGAAUGACGUCAACAAGGCACUUCUUGUCAACGCUGGUAUUCUGGAUCACUUGGCAGAAAUGUGCGAGUCUGGUAACGAGCAGGAAAAAACUGAGGCGCUUGGGGCCAUCUGGGCACUGGCAUUUGACGAGACGAACCGAGACAAAAUGGUGGAGGAAGGAACCGUAGUUGAGCUGAUCAUUAAAUUGAAGGAUUCCACUGCCGAGAGUGUGCGGACACAGGCGGGGAACAUUCUGUGGACUUUGAGAGAGGAACUGGCGGAGUCAUCCAACAAGCUGUUCCAGCAGACAGCCAAUGAAGUCGUUCCGAAAAUUUCCCAUUCCUCCGAAGAGUUGUCCUCCAACACGAAACACGUGAUGAUCAGCUACAACUGGGGGUCAAAGGUCACGGUGUUCAAAAUCCACGAAGGCUUGGAGAGAAACGGCUUCCGAGUGUGGAUAGACAGGAACGAGAUGAAGGGUUCGAUCGUGGAUUCCAUCGCCGAAGGCGUGGAAAAUGCCGAGGUUCUUCUCAUGUGUGUGUCUCCUAAAUACAAGAACAGCAAGUACUGCAGAGCAGAAGCGGAGUACGCUUUCACAAAUGACAUCGAUAUUGUGCCAUUGCUACUAGAAUCCGAGUACAAGGCUGACGGCUGGUUGGGUCUCAUUAAGGGGGCAAAGAAACACUUUGACUUCAGUAAUGAUGACUACUUCAGCGGUACAUUCCAGGCGCUGGUAAAGGACUUAGGAAUCAGAGGGAAAGCGAAGAUUAAAAUGGAACCCCAAAUUAUACCGGAAAUUAGCCCAGUUCUACAGACAAACCCUCCGGCUUUCUCCGGUGACGUCAUCGACAGUGGCCACGGCAUCAGAGUGAGCCGUCCGAUCAGUCAGGUGGCGGAAUGGUCAUGUGACCAGGUCCAGAAAUGGCUUCAAGAUAACCAGUGUCGUGGACCAUCACUCAAAAAUUUCACAGGAACGGAAUUGCUGUUUCUCAAAUCUCUCCGGGAUGAGGCCCCAGAAUAUUUCUAUAACUACCUGGACACGAAACUUCGAAUCAGGGAUCUCAAACAACUUUCCAAGUUGGUGGAGGCAUUGAAGCGAUUGUGACAACAAUUUGAUGGAGCUAGUGAAGGCGUUGAGGAGAUUGUGACAAUUUGACUGAGCUAGUGAAGACGCUGAAGCGAUUGAGACAGCAAUUUGAUGGAGCUAGUGGGUGCGCGGAAGCUAUUGCGACAACAAUUUAAUGGAGUUAGUGGAGGCGUUCAGGAGAUUGUGACAAUUUGAUGGAGCUAGUGGAGGCGCUGAAGAUAUUGAGACAACAAUUUGAUGGAGCUAGUGAAGGCGCUGAAGCGAUUGCGACUACAAUUUGAUGGAGUUAGUAGAGGCGCUGAAGUGGUUGAGACAACAAUUUGAUGGAGCUAGUGUAGGCGCUAAAGCUAUUGCGACAACAAUUUGAUGGAGUUGGUGGAGGCACUGAAGCGAUUGAGACAACAGUUUGAUGGAGCUAGUGGCGGCGUUGAAACGAUCGUGAGAACAGUUUGAUGGAACUGAUGGAGGAAUUGAAGCGAUGGUGACAAUUUAACUGUGUCAUAAGAACAGCUGUUUUGGACACUUUAAAAGUGCAACAUAGCUAGUGAUUUUUAAUUCUAUUGGCGUUCUCUCCAUAGUGCUUUAAAGUUAAAGAAGAAGUAAAUGUUUUAGUGUUUCAAUAAUUAUUUAAAGUGUUGUUUAAAGUUAUUUUAAUCUUUUUUCUUUCUUUCCUUUUAACCGAACGCAGUUCAUAUUCAUGUAGUUUUAAAUGUUUGAAUUCCUAAAUGAACUUUAAGGGUCAGUUCAAAAAGGUUUUUCAUUUCAAGCCCGGUGGUUGGUGUUCAAAUAGAUCGCUUUAUGCAUGAGAAGAGAUUUCAUUAAUUGUUCACAAAAAUUUCUUUCAAAGGUGAAAAUAAUGGGAUUUGCAUGGGCACUUAUGCAGCAAACUCCUAACUGUGCAUUUAGCUGUUAAUGAGGUAAUCUGAAUGCGCCAUUAUACUUCUUCAGACUAGGAAAAUGUACACUCAGUCAACACCUUUUAACUGCGCACUCAAUAGACACCUUUUAACUGCGCACUCAAUAA